AUGCUCUCGAGUCUCUCGUGGGACAAAGUCACAGUCGUUGCGCCCAAAAAGCGUGGGCAACAUGGGCUCUUACUUGAAAAUGUCAGUGGAAGGGUAGAAGCUGGGGAAAUGAUUGCGAUUAUGGGACCAUCAGGAUGCGGCAAAACCAUACUGUUGAAUCAGCUGGCAUUUCGUUCAACCUCUGGCCAAGCGCAAUCACAGACACGAAUCUGUAUAAAUGACGUGGCAGCCACUCAGCAACAAGUAAAAUCGAAGUUGCGCUAUGUGGAAUCCGAAGAUGUCUUGAUAGGGUCCCUGACUGUGCGGGAGACUCUUAAUUUUGCUGCUCGGUUCUCACUUCCAGACAGUUCUACAAGGCAAGACCACCAGAGUUGCGUAGACCGAUUGCUCCAAACAUUUGGUUUAGAAGAGCAGGCUGAGACUAUAGUCGGAACCAUAGCGCGAAAGGGCAUCUCGACGGGUCAAAAGCGCCGAUUGAGUGUCGCCUCUCAAAUGGCUUUUGCGCCCGAUAUCCUGCUGUUAGACGAGCCAACGUCCGGACUUGACUCUGCGGCCAGUCUCGGUGUCAUGUCAUACAUACGUGAUCUUGCCAAAUCAGAGAACAUCAUCGUUGUCUGUUCCAUCCAUCAGCCCUCGACUACGACCUUUGAGCUGUUCGACAAACUCUUGCUAUUAUCGGAAGGCAAAACCUGCUACUUCGGCACCGUCGACGACGUAAGGUCAUACUUUGACAAUUUGGGAUUCAAGAUGAAUCUGUACAUCAAUCCCGCCGAAUUUGUUCUGGAUCUUGUCAAUGUGGAAUUUGCCAUGGAUAAGACCAGAGCUCACAACUCACUCGCCCAGAUUCAAGAAGCGUGGGCGGAGCGCGAAAGAAAGCAAAUUUCCUCUGGUGAUUUGAAAGCCACUGCACCUAUCUCGCUCUCUACGAUGAUUCCAUCCCAUGUCGUUCACUCUCGGAUAGGGCCGCGACGGAUACUCGCGGUCUUACAUCGUAGCUGGAUCAAGAGCUAUCGCGACAUCCUCGUCUAUGGUGUUCGGUUUGGCAUGUACAUGGGCUUAUCUAUCAUGAUGGGAACAGUCUGGCUGCGGCUCUCACCUCAGCAGAGCGAUAUCCAGGCAUUUGCAAAUUGUAUCUUGUUCGGAUCUGCAUUCAUGUCGUUCAUGGCUGUGGUGUAUGUGCCGGCGUUUGUCGAAGAUCGCGCGGUCUACAUCAAGGAUCGCGACAACGGAAUUUACGGAAGCAGCGCAUUCAUGUUCGCCAACUUCGUUGUCGGUCUGCCCUAUCUGUUUCUGAUCGCCUUGUGCACCUCGGCUUUCACAUACUGGAUGGUGAACUUUCGUCCAGCUGGGGAUGCGUUCAUGAUCUGGACUCUCUGGAUGUACCUCAACCUCCUCGCAGCGGAAAGUCUGGUCGUUUUCAUCGCAAGCCUCGUGCCAAACUUCGUCGGUGCAUUGGCCCUGGGAGCGAUGGCCAACGGCAUUUGGAUGGCCUGCAAUGGGUUCAUGGUCGCGCUGACACGCCUGAACCCAUUCUAUCACUACGUCUUCUACUUCAUCAAUUACCAAGCAUAUGUCUUUCGAGGCCUCCUCACCAAUGAGUUUGCUUAUCGAAACUACGAGUGCAAUUCUGAGUGCUAUUGCCAGUACAAUACGGCGUUGUCUGGCCAGUGUCAGAUACAAGGUCUUGGAGUCCUACAGCAACAGUAUGGGUUUGAGGGUGGAAGUCAAGGAUUGUGGAUUGGGAUCACGAUUGGAAUUAUUGCAGCUCUCAGACUGUUCGGUUGGAUUGCAAUGGGGUUCAGAAGAUAG